AUGAAGCUCGUCCAAUUGCUCCUGGUAUGCCUUUUGGCAUACAGGGUGAGCGGCUACGCAGUUUUCGCCCACUUCAUGGUUACAAAUUCCGAAAACUACACCCUUGCAGACUGGGAAGAGGAUAUUAGUCUUGCGCUCGACGCCUCUAUCGAUGCCUUUGCGUUGAACAUGGCGUAUGAAGAUUCUACAAAUGACAAGGCACUCCCGCUAGCAUUCGAAGCCGCUGCGAAUGUAGAAGGUGAUUUUGGUCUCUUCUUUUCUUUCGACUAUUCGGGCAAUGGAGCCUGGCCAAAGGCUGUUGUGGCGGAAAUGAUUCUUGAAUACAGCAGCUACUCUGCCUACUACCUACACAACUCCAAGCCCUUUGUAUCAACGUUCGAAGGACCUGCCAACGCGGAGGACUGGAAGACAAUCAAGGAGGAAACAGAUUGCUUUUUCGCAGCGUUGGAGGUGGGAGGAGGAGGUAUUGUCGAUGCCUUGUUCAGCUGGGCUGCUUGGCCGUGGGGUCCACGAGACAUGGAUACCUACACCGACGCGUCAUACCUGCAAUACCUCAAUGAAUCUGGACAGGCUCUUCCAUACAUGAUGCCUGUUUCUCCCUGGUUCUACACCAAUCUUCCCGGGUACGAGAAGAACUGGCUGUGGCGAGGAGACCAUAUAUGGCAUGACCGUUGGUUGGAAGCAUGGUAUAUCAGGCCUGAAUUCAUUGAGAUCAUUAGUUGGAAUGACUAUGGUGAAUCCCACUAUAUUGGUCCACUCCGUGACAAUGCAAUGGCCGCCUUUGAGAUUGGCGAAGCUGCGUAUAAUUACGUGACUGGAAUGCCGCAUGAUGGAUGGAGAGAUCUCCUACCCUAUGUCGCGGAUACCUACAAGGACGACAUUGCUACCAUUGCUACAGAGACCUUGGUCGCUUGGUAUCGCCUUCAGCCUGUUGCAGCGUGUGGCACCGGAGGGACCAGCGCCAACACCGCUAGUGAACUUCAACUUGAGUUCACCCCUGCUGAGGUUCUAACAGAUAUGAUUUUCUUCUCAGCUCUUCUUGCGGACACAGCUGAUGUAUCAGUCACAGUCGGUGGCGUGUCAAUCGAUGCUACUUGGAGAAAUAUCCCAAAUGAGAAAGGGCCACAGACCGGUCUCUACCAUGGUCAGGCAGCAUUUGGUAGCAAUACAGGAGAAGUGGUGGUUACGGUCUCUCGGGACGGAUCCACGAUCGCCCAGGUGGUCGGUGAAGCCAUCAGCACAAGCUGCACUGACGGCCUAGCCAACUACAAUGCAUGGGUGGGCUCCGCCAAGGCGUCUACAGCCGUCAAUGCUGUUACCCCAGCACUCCUGGAAGAUCAAGUGUGUGUCAACGGAACUGGGCCAAAUAACUUUGCUGGGCUAUGUGGCUUCGCUUGUACAUACGGUUACUGCCCGCUCCUCGUCUUCUUCAUCUUCCUCCUCAACUUCGACCUCGAACAGUACCACUAG